AUGAGGCCCACCCUCGUGUCGGCCCUGUCGCUCCUCGCGACCACCGCCCUCGCCGCUCCCCCCUUCGUCCUCCAGCCCGCGGGCGACCGCCUCGCCGCCCCACUCGAGCCAGCUUCGCAGCAGCAGCAGCAGCAGCACCACCACCACGACCGCGUUCUCCCCGACCUCUCGGUCGACGACUUCAUCGCCGUCGAGAACUCGCUCACCGACUCGCUCAAGCACGCCCUCGGCCAGGUCGUCGACGAGGUCAAGGCCCUCCCGCACCCGCCUCACCACCCGCUCCCGCCUCCCGUCCUCGACUUUACCAAGUACACCAUCCUCGAGAUCGUCAACGCCACCUACAAGAAGCCCCACCACGAGCCCGACCACUUUGACGGCGCCGCGUUCGCUCGCAAGCUCCGCAAGGGCCUCGCUCUCGGCGGCGAUGAGGGCGACGACAGCGAGCACCACCCGUCGCCCGAGCACCUCCCGCUCAACCACCUCGCGUGGCUCAUCAACUUUAGCCCCGAGGCGGCCGCCCUCCUCGAGAAGGACGACAUCACGCUCCUCGCGCCGGACAACCACGCCCUGCAGAACCCGCACAAGCGCAAGGACCCGGGCGGCAAAUUCGCCAACCUCGGCGACGCCGCUCGCGACGGCUCGUCGGCCCUGUUCGACUUGACGGCGGCUGCCCCGCACCCAUUCCACUCGCGCGAGCUGUCGCCCAAGAAGCUCGCCAAGCUCGCCGACAGCGACGACGAGGACGACGACGAGAAGAAGCGCAUCCUUAAGAAAAUCAUCGCCUACGUCGGCAAGUACCAUGUCUUCAAGGGCAAGUGGCACGCCCACGAGCUCGCCGACCGCUCGACCCUCCCGACCCUGGUCGAGGAGAGCCGCGUCCGCGUCGAGCCGACCCUCGACCUGUACCCGUACCCGCACCCGUCGCUCAAGUUCAACUCGUACGCCCACAAGCGCGGCCCGACCAUCCUCGCCCGCAACGGCGUCAUUCACCUCAUCGGCGAGCCUCUCCUGCCGCCGUUCGGCCCGGUCAACCAGCUCUUCCUCGCGCCCAAGUUUUUCGGCCUGUUCACCAACGCGGCGCAAAAGGUCGAGAUGACGCACAAGGGCGACGACUCGCUCCUCGCGCAGGCCUCGGCCGACGACGCGCUCCUGUCGGGCGACCUGUCGGACCUCGACUUUGACGACCUCCUCGCCGAGCUCACCGACGAGCACAAGGACAAGGACUUUACCGUCUUCGUCCCGUCCAACUUCGCGUUCGCGCGCUUGCCGCUCAAGGUGGCGGCGUUCCUCCACUCGCCGUUCCCGUUCGCCAAGCGGGUCCUCAAGUACCUCCUCGGCUACCACGUCGUGCCCGACCUCGUCUUCUUCAGCGACUACGUCAAGAACGGUUCGUCGGCCGACGUCGUCGCCCAGUACGCCGUCAAGACCGAGGUCGACGUCGAGGUGCCCAUGACGUGGCUCGUUCCCGCCGAGCACGGCCGCUUCGAGGGCCCGCCGCCUUACGCGCCGGAGCACCCGCCGUACGGCCGCGCCAACGUGACGCACUACGUCCUCCCGACGCUCCUCACCGAGAUCAACCCGAACGCGACGCUCAAGGUCGCCGUCAUCUCGCACCGCUUCCUCGGCAAGGGCCCGGUCAGGCGCGAGAUCAUCAUCUUCCCCUCGCUCCCGCCGCACCACGACCACGACCAUCACGACCACAAGCACGACCACGAGCACGACGACAACGUCUCGGCGCCGUACCGCCGCUUUGGUUGCGGCCACGAGCACGACGGCCCGCCGAGGCCGCACCCGGUCAAGGUCGCGUACACGGACCUGCCCGUGCGCGCCGGCGCUGUGCACGUUCUCGGCACCCAGUUCCUCCUCCCGCCGCCGCCGUCGCACGACAAGCACCUGCGCGCCCUCGCCGAGGCGUCGGGCUUUGGCUUCUCCAAGCUCGAGGCCAAGAAGGUCGGCAAGCUCCUCGCGCGCAUGUCGGCGGCCUGAGGCGCUCCCGAGCCGCUCGACGUCGACGAAGUCGGGCGUCAAGCUCUCGAGCCUCUCUUCUCUCUCUUCCCUCCUCUCUUUGUACAGAGCCUCCUUCACCCCUUCGUGCACGGGCCUCGCCCCCUUUGUAGCCUCCCGUUCUCUCUUGAUCGCGAAAAGGACUCUCGUCCUCGCUCUGCAAUCCACUCGCUUGUCCGUUCUCUCCUC